AGUGAAAACUUUAAAUCGAUUUUCCUCUUACAUAUUGAGUUUCCUAACUCCAGAUAUCUUCCCUGUUCUGUCUGUUUCUUUUCACAAAUUUAACGCUAAUGCAGUAGUCUCAACCACGAUUACGUUUCCAUAUCCGAUUCGCCAGCUUCCCUUAUUUAUCAAUCUCGACGUCUCCGUGCGCACACACACGAUUUGAUUAAAUUUUUUCAGAGUAUUGUGUUACUUAAGGAAACUCCGAUCUUGAGAUUUGAUUUGAUCUGAAUCAUUCUAGUUCCGGUAAGUUUCAAUCCAAUCCAAUCAGAAUCGGUGAAAAAACGAUCUGAUUUCAUGUCUUAUGGUUAACCGAACCGGGAAAUCCUUCCAUAUUCAAAACCGGUUUAGUCGAUAUCUGAGAUGGUAUAUCUCUCCAGAGCUCAAUCACCGUCGUCGACCAAUCUCCGAUCAUGGCGAGCUCAUCAGAUCUUCACCACCACAAACCAAAAACCACCACAAUAUCAUCAUCAUCAAGCGUAGUAUGCUGCGAGGGAUCACGAUCAGCUGCCAUCGACGUCCUCAUCCUAAUCGCCGUCAUCACAUCCUCCGCCUUCUUGAUCUUCCCUUACGUCAGAUUCAUCGCCCUCAAGUCCCUCGAAAUCUUCUCCUUCCUCUCCUGCUUCCUCAAGCAAGAGAUCGUCCUCCUCCUUCGUAGUAGCAGCCCCGACCCGAUCGUGUACGGGCUACUCGCGUGGAGCGUCGCGUGCGCGGCCUUGUCCGGGGGGGUGAUCGUUCUGAUACUACUGUGCAGUAUUCGUCGUCGUCGUAGAUGCUGCGGGAAACCGAACUGCAGAGGGCUCGGGAGAGCUAACGCGGUGUUUGAUAUCCAGCUCGAGGGGGAGGAUUGUCGUGUUAGGAGGUUGAAGAGUGGUGUUGUUAGUAAGAAGGGGUUGUUUGAGGUGAGUCGUGAUCGUGAUCGUGAUCGGUUGGAAGCUGAGUUGAAGAAAAUGGCUCCCACGAAUGGGAGAGCUGUUUUGGUUUUUAGGGGGAAGUGUGGGUGUUGUGUCGGGAGGUUGGUGGUUCCUGGUCCUAAGAAGGUCAAGAAAUGAAGGUUUGAUAUUUGGAUCGUUACCGGUUAUGAAUCGAUGAUGAUGACCACUAUACUCUGAUUAGCUUUUAAACAAGCUGUUUAGUUAUUUUUCACUACAUAAACUAAUAUAUGUCAGAGAAAAUGAUUUCGUUUCAAGUCUUGGAUGAAUGUGUUCUUGAUCAUGUGCUUUUUUUGUUCCGACUUUCCAUGGUUAGUGAUUCAAGGCCUUACAUAUGCUA